CCUAAGGAGAUUGAGAGGCUUGCCGAUAUCCCAUAGGCCUAAUGGCAGUUCCAAGGCUACAAAGGACCAUAGGCUGCCUCAUGGAGUCCCAGGCAACAUCACAAGGAACAGUCCUGACUAUUCCCCAACCAGGCCCCAGGGAUGCCCAGCAGGGAUCAGGGAUGGAGCCGGUCAAGGCAACCAUGCAGUUCUAUCAGAGGAAAAAGCCCCUGGAGAAGUUCCUGAUAGGGGAGCCCAAGGCCCUGGGGGUGGUUCAAAUCAUGAUCGGCCUCAUAAACUUCAGCCUGGGCAUUCUUUUGGAUCUCAUCUUUCAUAAGCAACUUGGAUUACACUUUUUGUUCUACUCAGGCUACACAUUCUGGGGACCGGCUUUUUUCAUCCUCUCUGGCUCCCUUUCCAUCGCUGCUGAGAACAGGACCACAAAAGGCAUGGUCGAGAGCAGCCUGGGAUUGAACAUUGUCAGUGCCAUCGUCUCAGGGAUUGGGUUCUAUUUACUUCUGGGCAGUUUAGGCACUACAUUAACCUUCUUUCAUCUUUAUGCCACUGAGUCUGAUGUCUAUCCUAUGACCUUCUCCAUCUUACUUGGUAUCAAUAUUCUCCUGCUGGUCUUUACCUUCUUGGAAUUCACCAUUGCCAUCGCCCUUUCAGGAUUUGGGUGUCAUGUGACCUGUUGUAACCAGGGUGGGGUCACCCUCGUGAUGCCUUUCUCUCCCUAUGUGCAAGAAGCCCCAACUGCUGACACCCACAAAGAAGGGUUGGUGAUUCAGGGCUCAGAUGCUGAUGAGGACAAGUCCCCAGGAAGUCAUCCCAAUUGUGGCAUUUGAACCAUGAGCUUCCUCAUUGCCGCGGAUGAUAAAUCAGAAGCCCAUGGAUCCAGGACCCAGGUCCUUCCAUUCAUCCAACAAUGAGUCUACUGCUGUUCCAGAAACCUGAUGCCCACCUCAACUGGAUCCCUUUUCUCAUAGAACUUUCCUGAACUCAGAUUUCCUGUGUUCUAAGCAAACAUCAUCCUGCUCAGAUUCCCUGAGCUUGACCUGCUUUUGAAACAUGUUCAUCCUCGUCUGAACCCCCAUGUUCCUCACAAUGUCUCACACUUUUUCCACAAGUGUCAUACACAGUGUCUGGCACAUAGUAGGUGCUUAAUAAAUGUCAGUUGAUUGAUUGCUUAAUUGA